AUGAAAGUUCGCUUUGACCAGCUCAAAAAGGCAGAACAAGACAGUUAUGACUAUUCACCUUUGCCUCGAAUCACAUGGCACUCUUCCCUCAUGGGUGUACUUGUAUCUAUGGGCGGUUUAAUUUUCGGAUACGACACAGGUCAAAUUUCUGGUUUCCUUGAAAUGUCCGACUUCUUGAACCGUUUUGGUCAAAGAGACCAAAAUGGCACGCAAUACUUCAGCAACGUGCGGUCCGGGCUCAUUGUCGGUUUGCUCUCGAUUGGAACCCUCAUCGGUGCUUUGGUCGCUGCACCAAUAGCUGAUCGGAUUGGGCGGCGUUUAUCGAUAUCUUUAUGGAGCGUGGUUGUGUCCGUGGGUUUCGUGAUUCAAAUUGCAUCAGUAACGGCUUGGUACCAGUUAAUGAUCGGCCGUCUGGUUGCAGGUCUUGGGGUUGGUGCACUCAGUCUGCUCGUGCCUAUGUAUCAAGCUGAAACUGCGCCACCGUGGAUUCGAGGUGCCCUGGUCUGCACUUAUCAGUUAUUCAUCACUCUAGGGAUUUUCUUGGCCGCCUGUUUCAAUUAUGGCACCUACACGCAUCAGCCAGAUAACUCUGGCUCCUGGCGUAUUGUUGUCGGACUUGGAUGGGUAUGGACACUCAUUCUGGGUCUUGGCAUCUUACUUUUCCCCGAGACGCCUCGCUACGCAUACCGUCACGGCCGCACCCAGGAAGCCAAAGAAACGCUGUGCAAGGUUUACGGCGCUCCUGCAAAUCAUUACAGCAUCCACAUUCAACUAGAAGAGAUAGAGAACAAACUCCGGUCCGAAACCCAUAGUUCUGGUGGAAUGAUCCGUGAGUUUGCCGGGAUGUUCAAGGCACCGCGGAUGUCCUACCGCAUUGCUUUAGGGAUGACACUACAGGCUUUCCAGCAGCUUACAGGCGCCAACUAUUUCUUUUACUAUGGGACGACUAUAUUCAGGUCUGUGCAGAUCAACUCAUUUGUUACCCAGAUGAUAUUGAACGGUAUCAAUUUUGGCACGACUUUUAUUGGCCUUUACUUGAUCGAGCAUUACGGCCGGAGAAAAUCUCUCAUUGCAGGAAGCGCCUGGAUGUUCAUUUGCUUCUUGAUCUUUGCAUCCGUUGGUCACUUUUCUCUCAACAUCGACCGACCUGAACUGACACCCCCGCCUGGUAUUGCUCUUAUUGUUUUUGCCUGCCUUUUCAUUCUCGGAUAUGCGACAACUUGGGGUCCGAUGAUCUGGACCGUCCAAGCAGAAAUCUUCCCAUCGCGCUACAGAGCAACGGCAAUGGCGCUCUCAACAGCAAGCAACUGGACAUGGAAUUUCCUGAUAGCUUUCUUCACGCCAUUUAUUACGAGCGCCAUUGAUUUUCGAUAUGGCUACGUGUUUGCAGGUUGCAAUUUUGCUGCCGCAGUUAUCGUGUACUUUUUCUUGAUUGAAGGGCAAGGCAAAACACUGGAGGAGAUCGACACUAUGUAUAUCCAGCAUGUCGCCCCAUGGCGUAGCUCGAAGUGGGUUCCGCCGGCAUCAUUGGAAGAGGGAUCGCUGGAAGAGGGUAAAAAGACCAGCAGCACUGCUGGACCAGAGGCCGCCGCGGAACAUUUGGAGACUGCCGCGCAGCAUUGA